AGGAGGGGAAGAGAGGAAUGGAAGAGACCAGCGCGGACUCCGGCGGCUCCGGCUGCUGGAGAUGCUCCGGCCAUUCUCCCGGCGAGAGAGCUCAGGCGUCCGGCGUCAGGGCGUCCAAGUGGGUCCGGCUCAACGUCGGCGGAACCUAUUUCUUGACCACACGGCAGACCCUGUGCCGAGAGCCCAAGUCUUUCUUAUACCGACUGUGCCAGGCCGACCCCGACCUCGACUCCGAUAAGGAUGAAACCGGUGCCUAUUUGAUAGACAGAGACCCCACAUACUUCGGUCCUGUGCUCAACUACCUGAGACAUGGAAAACUGGUCCUCAACAAAGACCUGGCAGAAGAAGGUGUGCUGGAAGAAGCAGAAUUCUACAAUAUCACCUCACUAAUAAAGCUCAUCAAAGACAAGAUCAGGGACAGAGACUGCAAAAUGUCACUGGUUCCAAUGAAACAUGUGUACAGAGUGCUGCAGUGCCAAGAGGAGGAGCUCACACAGAUGGUGUCCACCAUGUCUGAUGGCUGGAAGUUUGAACAGGUCUUCUAUAGCAAAAGGCGGCAAAAUCCUCGCCCCCUAUAUUCUUCGUUGAUCAGUAUCGGCUCCUCUUACAACUAUGGAAAUGAAGACCAGGCAGAGUUCUUGUGCGUCGUCUCCAAGGAGCUGCACAACCAAUCAUACGGCCCAAACAGCGAGCCCACAGAAAAGGCCAAGAUCCUUCAGGAAAGAGGAUCCCGCAUGUGAAGAGACAGUAUUUAAACCCUCAGAAUGCUGCUCUGCUCCAGGUAUAAAGACACAAGCCAUAUCACCUCUGACAAAAAGAGCAAUCGGACCUGUGGAAGAGAGACCAGUCGGAGUCUACACACUUUGAUUUCCUUUUCUUUAUUGUGCAUAACGAGUCGAUCUAGUCACUGCUCUUGUGCCUGUGAAGUAAAACUGGACUGGAACCUUUUAAAUGUAGAUUUGGAGAAAGAUGAACAGAGAUGCUUGUUCAGACAUACCUUGCCAGUGGUUUACUCAGGGUUCCCCAUUUUUCAUUUCAUUAAGUUGCAUUAACCUUGCUACUCCUGAAAGAUAUGUUGGAAGAAUUUUUGUGCAUACAUAUUUAUGAUAUGUGAAGUGAAUGCCUCAGUUGCAGCAUUAAAAACAGUUUGGACGAAAGGUUAUUUGGAAGCAAAUAGUUAUGAAUAAGUGUGGAAACUUUAAGGUAAAAGGGAGUAGUAUAGAUUUAUGCAACUAAAGACCUAAAGACUAAAAUGCAUCAGGCUGUGAAGUGUGUAUUUCUGGAUUUUAAAAUAUCUGUUGAUAUAGUAAGACAUGACAAGCUUCCUUUAGAUCUGCAUAUCAUCGCUCGUUCCCCUGACUAGGGAAAGGGAAUGCUGACCUACUUUUGUAAUGUUAACCUUUUGUUUUGUGAAGAGGAGUUUUUUUUCCACAGUGGGGGAGUUUGGGAAUAUGGCGCAGGGGAGGUGGUGGGAUGAUGGCCUGAAUUUCAAUAUCCCUGCUUUGGUGUUGUACAAAAAAUGGCUAAGAACAAAUUGGGUCCAGUUGUUCAACUGUGGAAUAGGAAGGUUUAGUAUACUGUAAGGUAAACCUAAUAGGCUGUCAUUUUGAUAUUAACUCAAGUAUAUUAGAACUAAUAUAUAGACUCCCACCUUGUGGUGUUUUGAUUGGUUUGUACAUAAGUCUUUAUAUGUUAAGGUUUCAAAUCACAACAGGUCUUGUACUUCUUUGGGGUUGAUUUUUGAUGUGACUGACAACCUCACUUGAAAAGAUUUACUGUCCAGUGACAUGAUUUUGAUUUGAUAUAGGUGGUGACUGUUAGCCUGGUGUUGCUGUAGACUCCUUUUCUCCAUGUUAAUUGAAAAUGAAAUCUUUUCAUGUUUUGCAUGAUUGCACACACACUGAGAACUUAGUGUGUCUGUCUGUUAUGUAUGCUAUACACAGUCCUCAAAACACUUUAGUGUAAAGAUUUCUAGACAUUUUUAAAACAACAAACAACAAUUAUACUAUAUAGCUUGGCUGAAGACUGCAGCAGUUUGCUUAAAUGUCCGUUAUAUCACUGAGCUCAAAUAUUUUAAUAAUGCAGGUCUAAAACCAUGCUGCAGCCUAACCUGUGUAAGGGCUAGCUGCUGUAUUUUCCAGUUUGAAAACAUGUUUGGCAAUUAAAAAAAAAGAUGUGUGAUAGUGUUGCCUUAGUUCAAUGACCAAAACAAUGUCCAUAUUGCAUCUUUAAAAAAAAAAAAAUUAAGGUCAGGGAUAAGCUACAACACUUUGGCAAUCUAUUUAUGUAAUCUUUGUGGCUUUUGAUAUAAAUAGAGGAGGGAUUAACAUUUGGAUGUAUAAUAUGUGCAUGCUAACAUUUCUAAUACAUACACAAGGGCUGAUCAUUGCGGAGUACAUUUAUAAUCUGUGCAGGGGAAAAAGACUUUAAUUGCCAGACCUAGGCACUGUUUACAUUUGCUAGAGUGUUUUAAAGCCUUCCAGUAAUCUUACACACUCCUCCUUACCUUGACAUUGGAUACUUAUUCUAUGUUCUAUUCUGGAGAGAGGUGUCCUUUUACAUAUCUUUACAAUUUCCCAGUCUGUUGCUGUUAACCUAAUGUUUUCUAAGGCUGGGAGAAUACCCCACUGAAGGGGCAAACGGUGCAUCUAUGGCCCAUGCAGGGUUGUGCCGAUGCCUAGAACAGAAUCACCAACCCGGGCCACAUUGGGGAUGCCACACCCAGUGUAUAGGGGCACAUUGAAGAUAUGCUGGGUAUUGGCUGUUCUUAGUGUGU